AUGGAAAGUAUCAUUCUGCAAUUGUAUGAACACCUAAACGCAAACAAUUCCACCACAAAUGGAACGAACAUGAAAGAAGAAAGUGUGACUUCCCACGAUCGUUCUGAAAAGCCGUGGAAAUACAUCGGAUAUCGUGGAUUUUGCGAUUUCGUUGCUUCUGACAACGACUUUUUCAUUCUCCGACGCUUUAGUGCCUUGACCGCUCGCCUUCUCUUGAUCUUGCAAGAUGAGCUCGUAGAGCUGGAGACACAACUUUCAGUUCUGGAGAGUCGACUUUCCGAAAAAUUAGCACCCGACGUGCACAACGGAUCAUUCAGACAAGAGACGCAGAAAACUAGACUAGACCUUAUCCGCGAGAUAGAUAAGAAGUUAAGAGCGUAUAAUGAAUUAAUCAUUCAACACUCCGAUCUGCGAUCCCGGCCCCGCGUUCCACAGAAGGAUGUAGCCAGUCUCGCGAACUGGUUUCACAACAACCAGAACGCAAUCCUAGAGGAGGAGACCGACUUCAUCAAUCACCGAAAAGAUCUCUUCGCCAUGGUUCCGAAGAUGAAAACACCACUACGAAGAGUGCUGGAACAGUCUUCGCAUUUCCGCUUAACGCGGCUUUGGAGGAAAUCUCCCGUUCUAGAGGAUGACAACGUUCAUUAUGCUUCGGAUGUACGAAUCGACCAAUUUAUAACAUUCACUAUCACAGGUUUAGGCCUAGCAAUGUUAAUCUCACCUCUCUGGAUUUUGGCUUUCGUCAGCGAUAUUUCGAGGAGGCUGGCGGUUAUUACUGCUUUCGUCGUCGUUUUUCUGGGCAUUAUCUCUUUCACGACCGUUGCCAGACCCUUUGAGAGCCUGAGCGCUAGUGCUGCGUCUGAGAAGGCAGAGUUGCAAAAAGAGAUUUCGGAUUGGUGA